CAGAUCUAUUGAAUUAGCUUUCUACCUUAAUUUGAAAUGGAUAUUAAUACAAAAGAAGAAAUUUUUGACCAUAUUUCAAAAAAUUUAUCAUCGAUACAAUUUAAAACAUUAAGAGAAAAUGAAAUCGAAGCUACUGAUGAUGAAAAAUUAACUACAAUGAAACAAACAUUAGAAAAUGAUCCUGCUUUGUUCUUAACGAAAUGGGGUAAAUUUUUACCUAAAAAUGAAUUGGAAAAAUUCGAAUGUUUAAGAGGCGAUUAUGAAGUAAAUUGGCAUUUAAAUAAAUUGCUAUCUACACAAAACAAAAACACUAUUUCUUCAUCGAUAGCAAGUGAACCUCCAAUAAUAUCAAAGCAACUUUUACCAAGUUCAAGACAUAAUAAACAAAUUCUUAAUAGAAGGUAUAAAUAUCUUACAACGAUGCUUGAUAAUACAUCAUAUUUUGGUGACGAAGCUAUUGAAAUGAGAGAACCAAGUUUAUAUGAAGAUUAUGUCGGUCAAUAUAUUCCUGAAGAAGAAAGAUACAAACAAUUUGAUGAUGAUGUAGAUUUAAUUGAUAGAGUUUAUUAUGAUAUAGAUCAAAGUUAUAUCCAUGAUAGGUUACAAGAAGAGAAAAGAAUUCUAGAAGAACAAGAAGAGGAGGAGGAGGAGGAAGAGGAGGAAGAGAACGAAAUUGAGAAAAAAGUAAAAGGAGAUGGUAUGGCUGAUAAUGAAGAUGUACCACAGAUAUCUGAGGAAGAAAAACAACAACUACGGGCUGAUCUUGUGGAUAUCAUGAGAAAUAAGUUCAUGUCUGGUGAUGAUCCUGACUUUGAUUAUGAUGCGGUUGAUUUUAACGAGGAAUAUGAUGAUGUUAAUGUACAGGAACAAGAGAUACAAGAAAAAUAUUUUGAUAAUGAGGAACCGAAUGAAACUUCAGAGGUUAAAAAUGGAACGGGCGAAUAUGAUUAUUAGUUAAUUCUCCAUCUUUUGUACAGUAUUUAGGGGAUAAUAAAAUAAUUUAUUAAUGUGGCAUAUUCAAUGGAUCAUAUAAAAAUUAAUGAUCUUUUGUAUUAUAAACUAUUUAUUGAACAAGAAAAAAAUAAAAAUAAAAUAGAUUAUCAAAAUAAUCGUCAUUUAAACACGUCCUUUGAUAGUUGAUAAGAUUAUCAUUUAUUAUGGGAAUCUAAGAAAC